AUGGGUCUUAUCCCCAUUAUAAGUUAUUUUUCUCCUUGGCAACUUGGAGUCUCCACUUUGGUGGGUGCCACUUCUAGUUUGAUUAGCAAGUGGUGGGAUAAUUACCCGUUAAUACCAGGGAUUGGGUACGUUCUCCUUAAAUUGUACCACAAAUGGGUUGGUUGUUUCCCUUGUAACCAUAAAAACAACCAUUUUAUGAUUUUUUGGCAUAAGUGUAAGGCUAUUGCUAUCCGGUGUAUCCCGGAUUUCAUUGGAUUUUUAUCCUUUGAAGUGGAUUAUUCCUUAUUGCAUUUGGGUUUGAUCCCCAUUAGUUGGUACUUUUAUCCUAGGCAACUAGGAUUCUCCACUUAUGUGGGUGCCACUGCUAGUUCGAUUAGCAAGUGGUGGGAUAUUCACCCGGCAAUACACGGGAUUGGGUACGUUAACCUUAGACUGUACCACUUACAGGUUGGUUGUUUCCUUUGUUAUCAUAAAAACAACCACAUUUGGAGCUUUAUGGAUCCGUUUUUGCUUAUUGCUGUCUGGUUUAUCCCAGAUUUCAUUGGAAUCUUUUCCUUUGAAGUGGUCAAUUUUUUAAAGCAAAUGGGUUUGAUCCCCGUUAGUUGGAAAUUUCUUCCUAUGCAACUAGGAAUCUCCACUUUAGUGGGUGCCACUACUAGUUCGAUUAGCAAGUGGUGGGAUAUUUACCCGGCAAUACACUGGAUUGGGAUUUACCUUCAGGGGUAUUUUUGGAAUACUCUCAUUAAAAAAGGAAUUGACGGGUUUCAAGCUUUUGGGUUGAUUCUUAAGAAGAAAGUUGGCAAUGUAGUUUUUUGUAACCUUGAGGAUUGUGGUUUAAUUGUGCUUAUGAGAUAUUUAUUUGCUAGAGGUUGGGAUUUUAUCCAAGGGCAGUUUCGGAAUUCUUGGAUUAUUAUUUUGGAAGAAUUAUUGAAGAGUAAUUGGAUUAGUUUGGGCAACAAAGAAGGUGAAGACAAUUGGAAGAAGAUUUGGAAAUGUUGGGAUUUGUUGGAAAAUAAUGGUUUUAGCAUCAUACUUUCUCGGGCUUUGAAGAAUCUCUUUUGGAGCUUAUUGGAUUCUAAAGUGAAGAUUGGAAAGAAGGUCAUCAAUUAUCUUGUGGAGAAGAUUGGGAAGAAUUGCAUGAAGAAUAUUGUUCAAAGUUCAAAGUUAAUUGCUAUUCUCGGUUUUAGUUUCGUGUGGAGAUAUUUGCAAACUAUUGUAGUUUUGAAUGAUUUGGCCAAUGAUUUUCUUGAGUUGGAUGUUCCUUGGAAGCUUUGGAAGACUAAUAUUAUUCAAACCGUGGACUAUUUGAUUGAGUAUGAGGCCAUUUUUUGGGGUUUGACUUGGAGGAAGAUUGGAAGCUAUAUGAAGAUUGAUGACCUUGAAGAUUUCGUUAAUUGGAUGAUUCAUAGGGUUCGUAGAUCUUCAAAAAAAUCAAAAUAUCAUGAUAAAGAGGAUGAUAUUCUUAGAUCUUUCCAUUUUGAAGAUAGUCCUGGAAACCUUGCAAACAGAGCUCAUAAUCAUGAUGAUCAUCACGAUCAGGGGAAUAAGGAACCAACCACUUUUCACGAGAAUGAUGAAGUGCCAGAUCCUAAUAACUGUCUAGGGAACUCCUUUGAUGCACCCAUUGAAGGUUACGAUACAUCUGAAGUUGCUAGUGGAGUUCUCGAUUUAAAAGAUAAAAGGUUAAAGGCUCUCUCGGAUUCUGAUAGUGGGGACGUGUUGUCCUCUUCGACCUCUCCAGCCAUAGUAGCGACUAGCCAAGACACCCAUCGAUGUCCCUCCCCUCCAUGCACGAUGGCUGACCCAAAUAUUGAUACCCCUAAGGGCUCCCACGUUAAACCUGUUAUGGAGUUCGCAAAAAGAGAUGGAGUGGUGGAGGGGGUUUCUGAGAAUAUUUCUCAUGGUUCGUCUAUUGCAGCCUACGAAUCAGGAGUGGAACGCCAUGCGAAUGAUGAACUGUAUGAAACUUCUGCUAAAAUUGAUGGAGCGCUAGAGGACUGUUCAGAUUCCGAUGUUAGGGAUCUUGUUCGCGAGUUUCCUUCUGCGGGAAUCCUCUCUCCCGUCGUGUCGACUCCAAAUCCUCCAUCUGGCUCUAUUUCCGAUGUUCCCUGGUCGUUUCAACCUUUGACGUCGGCGACCCCUCCGGUUACACCUCCUCUCAGCAUCGAAGAUGGUCAACCUGUGCCUCUAUGCGUCGGAGAUAGUAAGUCAACGCCGCUGAUGGAGACACGAACCAAGUUUGGAAAAGAUUCCUCUGGAUACGUUGGAAAGGAUUCAGCGUCAUUAUCUCCCAGCGUGAAUAUGGGACUUUUCUCUUAUCCAGAAAGUCAAAAGGACCCUCAUCCAAUAGAUAUUGACGUAAGCCUCACAAAUGUAGGAAUGGGGGAAGAAUAUCAGUCGGCUGCAUGUGUGGGAUGCCCCAUGCCCAUUAAUUGCAAUCCCUUAGUGGGAGACAAAGACUUUAAUGCGCCUGUCCACCCCUCCCACCUCCUAUCUAUACGCGUGCCAGCUACUCCCCUUCACAUCUCUUCCAAAAAUCCUUGUGUGGGCCACGAUUUUGAAACCCUUCCCCCACUUUCUGUCCCAGUGAACGAUUUUAACACUCCUCCAUCUUUUUUUGGGCCUAACAGCCCAAACAUUGUCCAGCAAGCACUCUCAUUUGCUGAUAUCGUUAAGGGCUGCCCUCCUUUCAACGACCCACCUCUUGUUGAUGCACCCUCCACUACCACCAAGCCCACUGCCGUUAAUGAUUUUAAUAGUGCCGAGGCUCCCCCUAUCCCUUCUUUAAAACUUGACUUUAUUAAUGAGAUUGAAACUUCGGAUGAUGAUUUUUUAAUCAUUCCUUCGGAUAUUUUGGCUAAUGGAAGCACACCCUUUGAAAGAACUCUAUAUGGAUACUUUGUGGGGGAUAGACUUGUGUUUCCAUUUGUUAAGGAUCGUACCCAUGAAUUAUGGAAGGAACACGGGCUUUGUGAUAUUUUUAUAAAUGACGACGAUGUUUUCUUCUUCAAAUUUGACAACGAUGUGGAUGGUCUUAGUCUCAUUGCUAGUAAACUUGGUAAGCCUUUGGAGGUUGACUCUUAUACCACCACCAUGUGUGAGCGGGCUACGGGUAGAGCGGUCUAUGCUCGUAUUCUCAUAGAGAUGUCGGCCAAAACUCCUUGGGCUAAAGAAAUAAAAAUCAAAGCGUUCACGGCCAAAGGCACUACAUCUACAACCCUUAGAGUGGAGUACUCUUGGAACCCAAAGAGAUGUGAUCAUUGCAAUAUUUUUGGUCAUGACCAUGUCACGUGCCCCAUGCACACAAUUAGUACCCCCGACCCAAAGCCGGCUACGUCCACCCAAAAAGAAGUUGAUAAUGAAGGAUUUCAAACGGUCAAGAGGAGACCUAGAACACUUCCAAUUCCAAAAAAGAAGAUCCCCAUCUACAACCGUAAAGGAAAUGGCCCUACUCUAAAGAUCUCUCAAGUCUAUAAACCAGUAACUCGUACAAAGCCAAAGAAAAAAGUAUCCACUAACAUGUUUGAUGCUCUUUCCCAUCAAAGAGUAUAUGAUAUUGAUGAUGAUUCUCGUGUCCCUCCUGUUAUUCAUUCGAGUGCUUCUCACCCAGUUUAUGACGCUCUACCGAGUUAUUCUCAUGGUGGUUGUAUUUCUUCUCCAAUUGAUCAGGGAUGA